CUACCAUUGAUGAAGUAUAAAGUAUAAAGCAUAAAGCAGAGCAUCCCGCUCCAGCCUUCAUACUUCCAACCCAUCUCACUUCCAAUCCCAUCCCAUCCCAACACCACUACUCACUACUCCAGUAUACAAAAAUGGCAUCUCCCCAACCCACCACUCUCCCAAUCGUAGCCAUCGCCGGCGCAACCGGCCACCUAGGCAAACACGUCGCCUCAGCCUUCCUCACCUCCAACCUACGCAACCGCUUCUCCGAAAUCAUCCUCCUUUCGCGACAGAACAGCCAUCAUACACCACAACCACCACCAACCGACCUCCCCUCUGACAGCCCCAAACUCACCAUCCGCACCUACACCGAAGAUUCCAUCCCCAGCAUCACCCGCGCCCUCCACGGCGCUACCAUCCUCAUCAACACCAUCGGCCCCUCGGGCCACUCUUUCAAAGAGAAACUCCUACAUGCCAUCCCCCAAUCCUCCAUCCAGGUGUACUUCCCCUCCGAAUUCGGGGUGAAUCACUACGUGCACGACUUCCCGCAUCUAGAAUGGGACGCGAAGAAGAAGCACAUGGCGCUGGCGGAGCAGAUACUACUACUUACCCAAGGCCCAAAGAAGGUGAAGAUCUGUCGUGUCUUCUGUGGGUUGUUCCUGGAGGAUAGUAUGGGGCCGUGGUUUGGGUUUGAUACGAAGCGCGGACGGUAUGAUAGUAGUAGUAGUAGUGAGGUGAAAGUGUCGUUUACUUCACUGGGGGAUGUCGGGAGGUGUGUGGCUGCGUUGGCGAGUUUGGGGAGGGAUGAGGUGCCUGAGGUGGUGCAUGUUGCUGGCGAUAGUAGGAGUGUUGGGGAGAUUGCGGAGGUUAUGGGGGAGUUUGGUGGUGGUGAGAUUGAGGUGGUGGAGAUUGGGUUGGAGGGGUAUAAGAGGGAGGUGUUGGAGGGGUUGAAGGAGUCGUGGGACCCGGCGCCGUAUUUGAGGUUUUUGAUGGGUGAGGGCAAGAUUAUGCAUACUGCUAGGGAUGGUGGUGGGUUGGGGGAUGAUCGUGAGUUGGUUAAUCCCGGGGAGAAGUUGUGGAAGUGGGAGACGCUGAGGGAUUUGGCGAGGAGGGAGGCGGGGAGGCCUUGGGGGGAUUAUGUGUGGCCGCCGAUGAAAUAG